UGUCGUCUGUCGUGCGUGAAGUUUGUAGCAUGUGAUGUUUCAUGAAAAGUGUUAAUUUUUUUAAGACUAUAGUUUUAAAAUAUGGACUGAAUUGUGCCUGAAAGUGUUGAAAAAUAAUUAUAGUGUGUGCUUCCAGUAGUGUGAUUGUGGUAUAUACAGGAAUUGCAUAAAAUACGUAUUACAUGGAUAUAGCCGUCACUUGAGGUUGUAAAAGAUAUGGAGUCGCAUAUUCUGAAUAUGUACCAUCAACCACGUUUCCGUUCUAUUGGUCAUAAGUUACUGCGGUCCACAAGUGAAUCGCUGUCUUCCGAAGGCAGCUGUCAACAGAACAGUCCGGAAUACACUCGAGAGCAGCAAACAAAUCAGUAUGAAGAGGAAAGUAAUGAAGGGGAGUACUGGCAGCCUCAGGACAAUCAGGGUCAAGUAUGGAAUGAGAAUAAUGAGAAUUGUGUUACCGAGCAAUCAAGUCAAGAGUCAAGCUCUGAUGAAGAAAAUGAUGUACAGGACAAUGAGGGUCUUGACAGAACAGCACAAGAUGUUAGUCAUAUAGAACAAAUAAGUACAGAAAGUGUAGAUAGCUGUUCUUUGGUGGAGGGCGCUGAUUACGAUGUUAUUCAAGUUUAUGCUGUACAUCCAGAUUUUGAUCUUGAAGCGUCAUCCGAUGAAGAUGAGCAAAUUGAUUAUUGUGUAGAAGAAUCUUCUGAUUCAUCAGAUAUAGAGGAAAAACCUAAUGAGGAUCAAGAAGAUGUAAACGACUCUUCAGACGAUGACAGCACUAGCGAUACAUCGGAGGAAAGUCAUGACGGCUCAGGUAUCAAUUUAGAUGCUCCAGUAGUUUCAAAUGUCGAUGAAUAUUUCAUAAAAGAUACAAAAGAAAAGAAUAUACUGGAUAUAAAAGAUGAACCUGUCGUUAAUGACGUAGAUGAAUAUUUUAUCAAAGAAACAACACAUGCACCACGUAUUGCAGCGGAACAUGAACAAAACGUUCCAAGUAUAGCUAAUAUAGAUGAUUUAUUAAUUAAAAAGCAAUCAACAGCUUCCGCAUUCCACAUACCUAAAGUUACUCCGAUUAUAACUGAUAUAUUUGAAGUAUCACAGAAUGUUAAAGACGAGGUAGAUCAAGACACGGUUGACGAUGUACCCGAAGAAGUACCGAUAGCUGAAACAGUUUUGGAUAUGCGUGGUAACCACGUGCCACGUAUGUUUAGAAAUGUCGAUGAUAUUAAGAAAUUUCUAUUCUCAGAUAUAAGUGAUACGAAAUAUAAACAUGCACAAAAAUCAUGCUCAGUACCCCAUUCACCUUUGCAUAGUAUUUGUAUGGAUGUCGAUGCUAAAACUUGUAUGAGCUUUGAAGACCUAAACCUCGAUUUGACGGGUAUCAAUUUUGACAGUGGCACGGAUAAAUCAGCCAACAGUUCUAAAAGUGACGACAUUCCACGUACACUAACCGAUGAAGAUGUUAAUAGCUUUUUAAUAACUGAUAAACCGCAAAUCAACACUAUGAAAACAGAAGAUGAUUUCGAUCCCCAGGACAUGGAAAUAGAUGGCUCAAUAGAAACUUCUAUUAGCAAUAUUGACGUACCACCAUUAAAGUUGGCUAGAAACAACUCGUCUACACCACUACCGAAUGUGUUGGAAUUCUGUAUAGAAAAGUCUCCAGUUAAAAAAGAAAACGACCUCAAAGUGGAAGUAGACGAUUUUGUGGACGUUGAAUCUUGCAACGAAACUAUCAACCCCAUAUUCGAAGCUGAUAAUGAGAAAUCUCGCUUUGAACCGAUAAAGAUAGAGAAUAACAAUAUGAAAACAAAGAAAUCAACGAUCAAAAUAAAUGAACAUAAAGGAAAAUCAUGCAACGCUUUAACGAAUGGUAUGCGACUACAAGACGCCGGUGUACAACUAAAUAAGAACAAAAUGAGAAAAAUCAUGAUGCCGACAUCAAUAAAUACUGCCGUCAGGCGCUCACCAAGUCCAGUCCGUUCUGAUCAUGAUUACUGUUCUGCCAAAAAACGUUACCUCAGUUCGAAAGGACAAAGUCUGCUAAAACCCGAAGUCUUGUCGAGUAAUAAUAGAAUUUUGAAUUCUAGACACAGAUCUUGCAAGAAUAAGAAAAUAGUAUACCAUUUGAGUAGUGACGAAGAAAGUGAUAAAUGUAACAGUACCAAAAUGAAAAAAUCAACAAAUCUUCGUUCCAGUGAUGAUAAUGAUGUGAAAUUAAGAAAGUCUGUUGUAAAACAACCUGUGAAGGCUACGGUUCCAUCGACUUGCCGGAAGAAAACAUCACCAAUGCGUAGUGUUAGCGAUAACAGUUUUGAUAAAGGCAACGAUUCUGUGAUGGUUAAAAAUGCUUGUAAAGCAAGUGAUAAUCCUAGUAGUCAAAGUUCUAAUGGUAGCAUUAAGUUAACUAUUAAAAAUAAAUCUGAAGUAAUCAUUAAAAACUGUGAUGAUAUUAAAGACUAUAAAAAAGAUAAAAAAAUAGAAAAAAAUAAAUCGAUAAAUGUUGUAAGUGACAAAUCAAACGUUAAAACUAAUGCUGUUAAAGUCGUCGAGACUGUAGAUAGUAAUAAAAAUGAAAUUGUAAAUACUGUUGACGUACAUAAUACUAGCGUAAGUGUAAAGGAAGAAAAUCCAAAACCGGAACAUUUUUAUAACGCACUAUUUAGUAACAAACAAGAUGUUUUAAUGCCGAUCGAUAUAAAAACAGAGAAGCGAUCUCACGAAGAAGAUCUGGCACAGUUUAAUUUGCCAGAGGACGUAGUAACUAAGAUUGAAAUGGAGCAACCUCAGAAGAAGAAGAAAUUAAAUCUACAGGAAUAUAAAUUACGGAGAGGGGCUAGCUCUAACAACAGUUCAGCCACCGUGAGCCCUGAAUCUAUAUUCCCUGAUAUGCCGAUUCCAGAUAUAGCCAAAAUUGUGAAAUCUACAGCUAGCCAGACACCAGCUAACACAAAUUUGAAUUGUGCUCCUAAAGAUUUAGAGGCUCCUAAAAAAAUCUUUGAUCCAAUUAGAGAAGCUUCAAGAAAAAUUCUAAUGAAUAAUAAAAAACAAAAAGCUGAAGCUAUAAGGAAAAGGGAUGAAGAUAUCGUUAUGAGUAAAAUACCAAAAGUUGAAAAUCUGGAAUUGCAACCUUUAAUCAGUGAAGCAGAGAUGAUGAAGAUUGUUGGGAUGGCGAAUGACAUUCUUCCAGCUCCUAUAGUUGUUGAAAAAGUACCACCAUUGAGUGAUUACGAUGAAAUCGUUGUAGUUAGUAUUGGAACUAAUACUGACGAGGAAGUAUUUAAAAAGAUAGAACUAGAUGAUGAAAAUCAAAAGAAAAAAUCACAACCCCCUCCAACAGAUAUUAAAUCAACGAUUAACUUUAAAAUCAAGAAACCAGAUCAUGUCCUUAAGCACAACAUAUUUGACACUGUUCCAAAAGAUAAGAGCCCAACUGAAGAAAUUAAAGUUACCGAUAUAAAAUUAAACGAAAACAGAUAUAAAGAUAUAACAGCUACUUUGAAAAGUGUAGAAAAACAAGUGGAAACAAAAAUAUCUAGUAACUCAUUGUUUGCUAGCAUACAGGAUGUGGUUAUGAAGAAAGCGCCUGAAGUAACGGUUAUGGCAACCACUAACGGAGAACAUAAACCCAAAUCUUCAAUAGAAAAGAAAAAUAAUUUUAAAUCACCUAAGACGUUAAUUAUACGUGAUUACGACGUUCAAGGUGAACACGGAGAGGAUAAGAUAAUUUUACAUUUAGAAAAACAAAGAACUAAACCUAUUGCCUUAAGUAUAGCCAUUCAAACGAAUCCUGCGCCGAAGGUUGUUAAUAAAUCUAAAUUGGUAACACCUGAAAAGGUUGCUAGUCCUAAAGAUGAAUCUACGAAUAGAAAAAGAAAUGACAGUGAUAUGUCAAUGUCCAGUGAAAGCAGCCCUGAUCGUAGGAAGACGGACAAUAAAAUCGCCAAAGUAGAAGAAAAAAAUAUCAAGAAACCCGAGAAACGGGAAAGUAGCACGACGCAUACGAAAGAGAAGCGAUCGAAUUCUAGGGAUAGAUACGAUUACAAAUAUCGGAGAUCAAGGUCGAUAUCACGCGGGCACAGGAGGAAACGUUCCCCAAGCAGGAACCGAUCUAGAUCCAGAAGUAGAUACAGACGGUAUCGGCGAUCUGAUUCCCCAUACAGAAGGAAACGGCGGUCGCGUACAAGAUCGCCUUAUCGUAAACGAAGAUCGCCGACUCCAAGACGCGAAUAUCGGCAGAGAUCUCGCUCGAGAUCCAAACACGCGGAGCCUAAGAGAUCAAAAAGUCCGGUUAAAAGGACCAAACCAAGUCCUCAAUAUGAGAGUAAUGCUGAUAAAAAAGUUCUCGUCUCACUAACACCACCCUUAAUACGAAAGCCUACUGUAUCAGAAAGCUCCGAAUCGUCCACUAGCAGUAGUUCAUCGUCUUCAUCAAGCAGUAGUUCUUCAGAGGAGUCAGUCAAGUCGCGCGUCUCCAGUACAUCCUUCAGGAAAGACAAGACGUUCAACAAUUACAGAACAUAUAGUUCUGAAGAUGGGGAGAACAGCACGCCAGUAGAAGAACGUCGUAUAGUGUUCGUGGGCAAGCUAGAGAAGGAUUUAAGCAAAGCCGCGCUACGAGCCUUGUUCAGUAAAUUCGGUCCCAUCACUGAAGUUAGGAUACACACUAAAGAUGAUGGGUCUAGGUACGGUUUCGUGACGUACCGCAAGUCGCGUGACGCGUGGUCCGCAGUGGAAGCCGCGGCUACUUUCCCCCAGUAUGACGUCGGCUUCGGCGGCCGCAGAGCAUUCUGCAGGCAGACGUACUCUGAUUUAGAUGGCCUGGAGGCUAAAUAUUCAGAGAGUGCGUUUCUCGGCCAGCCGGCGUUGCCCGCGCGCCGUACUAACGACAUGUCCUUCGAACAAAUGCUAUUAGACGUGAAAAAGAAAUUGAUCCAGCGCAAGGGCGAUAAAAAACGCAACGAUGAAUCGCUGGCUUGACAUUUACUCCACCUUUGCCCGGAAUUCGCGGGCAUUCGCGUCGCCGCCUGUCAAAGUGACAGCGCGCGCGCGAUGACAUUGACAGCUGUCAAGUUUCAUUGUGAUGUAAAAGACUUUCCGGUGUUUGAUUUUGCUCACACGUACCUAUGUUUAGUUAAAUUAUGUUAGUACAUUGUUUGUCAAUAGUUGAGUUUACGUUUUUUUUUUUGUAAAUAUUAGUUUUUAUUUUUUUUCUUCCGUCAUACUCGUACAUAGAUAAUAUUUGUUAUCGCUACCUCUUAUUUUAAUGCAGAUUGCCGAGUGAGUAAACGAUUACCGAAUUAAUCGAUUCGAAGUCUUAAUAUUGUUACAAGAUGUAUCAAGAUCAAAAUAUUCUGAUGUAGUGUUCAUUGUACUUUAGUCCGGCUUAUACCAUUCCAGUCCAGCUAUCAAUUCCAGCGCUGGCUUAUAGGUAUAAUUUUUAAAUUUAGUUUAAAAUGCUGCGUUAGAUCCUGUUAUCUUUUUUGUAUCAACCACCGCUGGCUUUACUGACUGGACUGGAAUGAUGCUAACCCGGUAUAACAGAGUUCAUAAGUUAUAGAUGUAAUAACCAUAACUUUAAGAUUAAUUGCUGUUACCUUAUAACUUAAAACCAUGUUAUUUACUAUUUAGUGUUAAUAGCUGAUCAAAUGAGAGGAAUAAAAUGUUUAUAAAAUAUCGAAUCUUUUUACAGUAAUUUUGUUUCGGUUUACUUCCAUUUUGUGCCAAAUAUUAUAAGAUUUCUUUUUGCAUUUGUCACUUAAAUCUGCUUUUAAAUGUAACAGCUUGUUAAGUGGCUCCCAAACUUUGAGUACAAAUCUAUAUUUUUUUUUCAUAGAAACACAAAAAAAAACUUAUUAAGGGCCUGUCUUACAAUUCGUGUAAAUUG